AAUAAAGUUUAUGUGUUUGAACAAUGAAUCUAUUAUAUUGGAGAUUUUUAUUAAUUAUACCAAUAUGUUUAAUGAAUGAUGAUUAUGUCUUAGGUCAAAGUAUGCAAACUAUAAACGUCAUGUACGUGAAUGAGGAACUGAAUACAGUUGCUGAUAGGGGUUUGGAAGCAGCUCUACUAUAUGUUUCAAAAACACCACAACUUGGAGUAAAAAUUGAAUUGCAACGAGUGGUAGGAAAUCGUACCGAUACCAAAGGAAUGCUUGCGGCUCUUUGUACAACUUAUACAAAAUUAGUUGAUGAAAAUACACCUCCACAUGUUGUUUUGGACGUUACAAUGUCUGGAUUUGCAUCGGAAACAGUAAAAUCGUUUACAGCUGCAUUAGCAAUACCAACAAUAACAGCAUCAUUCGGCCAGGACGGUGAUUUACGAUUAUGGCGAAACAUUAAAGAUGAGCAAAAAAAUUAUCUUGUACAAAUUAUGCCACCAGCAGACAUAAUACCAGAAAUUAUACGAACAAUUGUUGAAAAACAAAAAAUUGCCAACGCAGCCAUAUUGUUUGACGAUUCAUUUGUGAUGGAUCACAAAUAUAAAUCACUUCUGCAAAAUAUUCCAACGAGACAUGUAAUUACCCAAAUUGAUGAACCAAAUAAAAUUAAAGAACAAUUAAAACGAUUGCGCAAUUUAGAUAUUGUUAACUUUUUCGUAUUGGGAAGUUUAACUAGUAUUAAAAAUGUAUUAGAUGGCGCCGAUGAGAUAAACUUUUUUGGUAAAAAAUUUGCAUGGUAUGCAAUCACUCAAAAUAAAGGUGAUUUGAAAUCAAAUUGUAAGAAUGCUACAAUUAUUUAUGUAAAACCAACCCCGGAUGCGAAAAGUCAAGAUCGAUUAGGAAAUAUCAAAACAUCAUUUCAAUUAAAUGCUGAACCAGAGAUUGCUGCUGCAUUUUAUUUUGAUUUAGCUUUACGUACAUUUUUAACUGUGAAAGAUAUGAUUAUUGAUGGUUUAUGGCCGAAAAAUUUGACUUAUAUAUCGUGUGAUGAUUAUGAUGGACAUAAUUCACCACCUCGAUAUGGUUUGGAUUUACGAAAAGCAUUUAAAAAGAGUCCAAGCGAGAUUCCCACAUAUGGCCCCAUAAACGUUACAACAAAUGGCCAAAGUCAAAUGGAAUUUAACAUGCAGUUAGCCGCAGUUAGCAUUCGGGAUGGUGCUAGUGAUAAAUCCGAACUUUUAGGAACUUGGAAAGCUGGAUUAAACAAUGAAUUGAAUUUAGUCGAAGAGAAUGCAAUGAGUAAUUAUACAGCCGAUAUAAUUUAUCGCGUUGUGACAGUUUUGCAAAAACCUUUUAUAAUGGUGGAUGAAAAUGCACCGAAAAAGUACUCUGGUUAUUGUAUCGAUUUAAUUGAUAAAAUUGCUGAAAUAUUACGAUUCGAUUAUGAAAUUUACACUGCACCAGAUGGAAAAUUUGGUAAUAUGGAUGAAGGAGGUUAUUGGAAUGGAGUUGUACGAGAAUUAAUGGACAAAAAAGCCGAUAUUGGUUUGGGAUCAAUGUCAGUUAUGGCAGAACGUGAAAAUGUCAUUGAUUUCACAGUACCCUAUUAUGAUUUAGUUGGUAUAACAAUUUUGAUGAAAAAACCGAAAGCUCCUACUUCAUUGUUUAAAUUUUUAACUGUUUUGGAAAAUGAAGUGUGGCUUUGUAUUUUGGCAGCAUAUUUCUUUACUAGUUUUUUAAUGUGGGUGUUUGAUCGAUGGAGUCCGUACAGCUACCAAAAUAAUCGGGAAAAAUAUAAAGAUGAUGAAGAGAAACGGGAAUUUAAUUUGAAGGAAUGUUUAUGGUUCUGUAUGACAUCAUUAACGCCACAAGGUGGAGGAGAAGCACCAAAAAAUUUAUCUGGUCGAUUAGUUGCUGCAACAUGGUGGUUAUUUGGAUUUAUUAUUAUUGCUUCAUAUACCGCCAAUUUAGCAGCGUUUUUAACUGUUUCCCGUUUGGAUACACCAGUUGAAUCUUUAGAUGAUUUGUCUAAACAAUAUAAAAUACAAUAUGCGCCACUCAAUGGGUCUUCUGCGAUGACCUAUUUUGAAAGAAUGGCAAAUAUUGAAGCAAAGUUUUAUGAAAUAUGGAAAGAUAUGAGUUUAAAUGAUAGCUUAUCAGCUGUUGAACGGUCUAAAUUAGCUGUUUGGGAUUAUCCAGUGAGUGACAAAUAUACGAAAAUGUGGCAAGCAAUGAAAGAAGCUGGGUUACCAAAUACAUUAGAGGAAGCUGUUGCUAGAGUUCUCAAAUCUCAAUCAUCAAGUGACGGGUUUGCGUAUUUGGGUGAUGCAACUGAUAUACGUUAUCUUCAAUUAACCGAUUGUGAUUUACAAAUGAUUGGUGAAGAAUUUUCUCGAAAGCCAUAUGCAGUUGCGGUCCAACAAGGAUCCCCAUUAAAGGAUCAAUUUAAUACUGCUAUUUUAACACUUUUAAAUAAAAGAGAAUUGGAAAAGUUAAAAGAAAAAUGGUGGAAUAGUAAUCCGGAAGCGAAAAAUUGUAUUAAAAAAGAUGAUCAAUCAGAUGGUAUUAGUAUUGAAAAUAUUGGUGGUGUAUUUAUUGUAAUCUUUGUUGGUGUUGGAUUGGCUUGCAUUACAUUAGCCUUUGAAUAUUGGUGGUAUAAAUAUCGAAAAGGAUCAUCGAAAAUUGUUGAUGUACGCGAGGCAAAUUCUGGCCCAACAAAAGUCUCAAACAUACAACAGACAAAACGUGGUGUGGAUCCUGAUAUGAAUGUUGGUUUUCGUCCACGACAAGUUUAUCCGCCACAAGCAGCCGCAACCACAACUAACUACCGUGCAAGAUUUUAAUUUCUUUAACUUAAAUUAUUAUUAUUUUAUAAAUUUGGAUAUCAAACAAAACCAACAAGUUUUUUUUUUAUUUCAUGUGAUAACGCUAAUGGAUUUUUCAUUACUCAAUGAGUUCCAACUAACGAAUACCAUAUAAAAUUGAGGGAAGAUUUAAUUGAAUUUCUCAGUUUUUGGAAUACGAACUUGAAAAAAGAUGAAUCAUUGCUUUUGUGGGAAUAAAGUGGACUGCUUUUUGAUAAUCAUAAGUGGAGUGCAAGCUUUCAUGGCAUUGAACAAACUGAUUUCUUAAACGUGACAAGUCGAUGGAAGGAGUUGCUCGAAAGAAUAUGAAUAUUAAGUUAAUUUUAGUAUGAGCAUGAUUUUCUGGUUGCAAAAUAAGCAAAUCACAUACAAAAGUACAUAAUUCAUGCGUUUUAUGUAUUUAAGCAGCACAAACUUAUUCACUUAGCUGCCCACAAUAUUUUUUUCGGAUUAAGUUAUAUCAAAUAAGGUUUUAAU